GGUGCUAACGGAAUAUUUAUAGAUCAGGUCUUGGCGGAGCAAAUUGGACUCCCCCUUGUAAAAUUAGAUGUAUCUAUUCCUGACUAUAACAUUGACAGUACGGUUAAUGUGGGUGGCUGCAUUACACACAAAUGUUUUUUUGUUGUCGAGUACCAAGGUCACAGAGUCACCGCCGAAGCUACCCAACUAUGGAAGAUUAAUUUAAUCUUAGGCUGGACCUGGCUAUUUAAACACAAUCCUGAGAUCAACUGGCAGACAGGAGUUGUCACAUUGUCA